GACCAUUCGAAGCAGACCAAUGUGGCGCCUCCUCAAGCAGCAGCAUCUUCCGCGCGGCCGGACGUCCGUCGCAGGCAACGUGCGCUGCAUGAGUGCAACGAACAACGCUGGUGGUGGUAUUCCUGGUGACUUUGUUGCGCACGUCAGGGAACUCGGCGUGAGUCUUCCGAACGGCAAAAAGUUGUUUGAAAAUAUGAACUUGGCGUUCCUGAAUGGCGCGAAGAUCGGGAUCUUGGGCAGCAACGGCAGCGGUAAAUCGACGCUGAUGAAAGUGUUGGCGGGCGUGAACAAAGACUUUGACGGAGAAAGAUGGACGAAACCUGGUCUUCGCAUUGGAUACCUCCCCCAGGAACCGCAGUUGGAUCCGAACAAGACUGUGUUUGAAAACGUCAUGGACGGCAUCAAGGAGUCCACCGCGCUCCUCAAGCAAUUCGACGACGUGUCGGCGGCGAUGGGCGAACCAGAUGCCGAUUUCGACAAGCUGCUGGACGAACAAGCCAAGCUGCAAGAAAAGAUCGAGCUGUUGGGGUGCUGGGAUUUGACGUACGAAGUUGAGCGAGCGAUGGCUGCGUUGCGCGUGCCGCCUGGCGACUCUGACGUGACGGUCCUAUCGGGGGGCGAGCGGCGUCGUGUGGCGCUGUGCCGACUUGUGUUGGAGAAGCCCGAUAUAUUGCUGCUGGAUGAACCCACCAACCACUUGGACGCCGAGUCGGUGGGGUGGCUAGAAUUGUACUUGAAAAGCUACAAGGGCACCGUGCUGUCCAUUACGCACGACCGGUACUUUUUGGACAACGUCGCGGGAUGGAUUCUCGAGCUCGAGCGCGGAAACAACUACGUGUACGAAGGCAAUUACACGUAUUUUUUGGAGCAGAAGCGCAGCCGCCUGAACAUGGACAAGAAGCGCGAGGCGGUGCGGUCCAAGCAACUCGCGAUGGAGUUGGAAUGGGUGCAAACACACCAGGGCAACAAGAAGGGGUCCAAGGCGCGCCAGCGCCAGAUCGAACAACUCAAGAACGACGACAGCUUUCAUCGACAGGAAGAGGGCCAGAUCGUCAUUCCUCGACCGACUCGGCUCGGCAACAAAGUGCUGUCUGUAUCGAACUUGUCCAAAACGAUCGAUGGCAAGUGCCUCAUCAAGAACCUGAGCUUUGAAAUCGAACCCAAGAGCAUCGUCGGCAUUGUCGGACCCAACGGCGCUGGGAAGAGUACGCUCUUUAACAUCCUUGCGGGCGACAUGGAGCCAGAUGCCGGCACCGUCACCUUCGGUCAAACUGUUCAGAUGGGGUUUGUGACCCAAUCGAGGAAGGAACUGAAGAGUCGCAACACCGUGUACGAAGAAAUUUCUGGGGACAACGAGUUUGUCGAAGUCAAUGGCGACCGCAUCAACACCCGCGCCUACAUUGCGUCCUUCAACCUCAAGGGCCAGAUGCAAGAAAAACAUGUGGGCAAGUUGAGUGGUGGCGAGCGCAACCGUGUGCAUUUGGCCAAGAUGUUGCUGGGCGGCCACAACUUGAUCUUGCUCGAUGAACCGACCAACGAUUUAGACGUCGACACGUUGCGAUCGCUCGAGAUGGCGCUGGUCGACUUUGCCGGCGUGUCGAUGGUGAUCUCGCAUGAUCGCUGGUUUCUCGAUCGCAUUGCGACCCACAUUUUGGCGUAUGAAGGCGACGGCAACGCCACGUUCUUCGAAGGCAAUUACACCGAGUACGAAGCAAGUAAAGCCAAGUAA